AUGUCCUGUCGCUACUCAGACAGCUGCUUGGACGAGAAGCUUCUGGAAUACCGCCUCCACUCUGAGCUGCGGCUCGAUGCCAAUGGCAAUCCAGCACCCGGGCUUCCCAUUGUCCGGAGCACCCUCAAGGUUCAAGAUGCGGCUGCCUCCCAGCCCGAGGCCCCAGCGCCCCCCACAGACUCGGAAUCGCGGCCGGUCAUCCUGAGUACGCAGAGCCCCGCCGCGCUCAAGUUGGGCACGGAGCAGCUGAUCCCCAAGACCCUGGCCGUGUGCAGCAAGCCGAAGGUCCCAGCUCGCCACCAGAGCUUCGCCGCCGCCGUGCUCACCAAGGAGGCCGCCCGGAAGGACCCCCGGCUCUCCCAGAACCCCAGCUUUUCCCGGGAUGACAUGGAUGUGGACAUGGACUCUGGAGGCCAUCUGAAGAGGAACCUACGCAACCAGUCCUAUCGGGCAGCCAUGAAGGGCCCAGAGGCUCCGGCCAGGGAGAAGGUUCCUACCCAGCUCAGCCCCCGGCUCUAUGCCCUGGCCGAAGAGCCCAGCCAGCCGCGGGCCCGGUGUCCACCCAAGCACAAGAAAACGCUGGGCCGGAAACGGGCACACAAGGGCUCCUUCAAGGACGACCCCCGGCUCUAUCAGGAGAUCCGAGAGCGAGGCCUGAACACAAGCCACGAGUCGGAUGAUGACGUGCUUGAAGACUCGAGCCCAGAAGGUCCCCGGAAGGUGGACGCCAUCGUGGUCAAGUGCUACCGGCCCGCCCAGGUCACCUGGAGCCAGCUCCCUGAGGUGGUGGAGUCGGGCAUUCUGGACACGCUGCCCGCUGAGGAGCGGAAGAGACAAGAGGCCAUCUUUGAGAUCCUCACCUCUGAGUUCUCCUACCUGCACAGCCUGGGCAUCCUGGUGGAUGAGUUCCUGAAGUCCAGCGAACUGCGGGCCACCAUGACCCAGACCGACCACCACCACCUCUUCUCCAACAUCCUGGAUGUCCUGGCGGCCAGCCAGAGGUUCUUCGAGGACCUGGAGCGGCGGCACAAGGAGCAGAUGUGCGUGGAGGACAUCAGUGACAUCCUGGAGGAGCAUGCCAACCACCACUUCCAGGCCUACGUGGUGUACUGCUCCAACGAGGUCUACCAGCAGCGCACCCUGCAGCGGCUGACAAGCAGCAGUGUCCCCUUCCGUGAAGCCCUGCGGGAGAUUGAGCGCCGGCCUGUGUGCGGGGGUCUGCCCAUGAUCUCCUUCCUCAUCCUCCCCAUGCAGAGGGUCACCCGGCUGCCCCUCCUGAUGGACACACUCUGCCUCAAGUCACAGAACCACGAAGAGAGGUACAAGGCCGCCAGCCGCGCCCUGAAGGCCAUCAGCAAGCUGGUGAAGGAAUGCAAUGAGAGAGCGCACACCAUGGCACGCACAGAGCAGCUGUAUACGGUGCACAAGCAGCUUGACUUUGGCAAGAUCAAGUCCCUCCCAAUCACUUCCGCCUCCCGGUGGCUGCUGAAGAGAGGAGAGCUCUUCCUGGUGGAAGAAGACACUGGGCUCUUCAGGAAGCUUGCCAGCCGGCCGACUGCCUACUUGUUCCUGUUCAAUGAUGUCCUGGUGGUCACCAAGAAGAAGAGUGAGGACUGCUAUGCAGUCCAGGACUACGCCCAGAUGGAACACAUCCAGGUCCAGAAGAUGGAGCCCUCGGAGCUCCCCAUGUCGGGCAGCAGCAACCGCACCUCAUCCGUGCCGUACCCCUUCCUGGUGAACUUGCUGCACAACAGCGAGGGCCGUCAGGAGCAGCUCAUGCUCUUCGCAGACUCUGCGAGUGACCGGGCACGGUGGAUCACAGCGCUGCAACACAAGGAAAGAGAAUGGCAAGGCCACACCAACAAAGGAGACCUGCAACAGGUGGAGGUCACCAAGGCCUACUUGGCCAAGCAGGCAGACGAAGUGUCACUGCAGCAGGCAGACGUGGUCCUGGUCCUGCAGCAGGAAGACGGCUGGCUGUUCGGAGAGCGGCUGCGGGACGGGGAGACAGGCUGGUUCCCUGAGGACUUUGCCCGCUCCAUCACCAGCCGUGUGGCCGUGGAGGACAACGUGCGCAGGAUGGAGAGGCUGCGUGUGGAGACGGACGUGUAA